AUGCCAUCUCGCCCGGCUUACAACCAAACUGUUCAACAUCGAUCGGACGGACUUCCAGCUACAACCAAAGUCGUUACAAGAAAGCCAAUCAAUCAACUGGUGACUUCUGGCAACGCCGGUCUUUACUCACAAAACAAGAUCGAAGAAGGCCUUCACUCCGCUCUAGGAAUCCAGCACGAGGACAAUGAUGCUGCAAACAACCGUUCGUACGUCCUGGACGCGCUGGAAGAUAGCAGUGUCCCUGCAAAGAGCACCAGCAGAACCAUGAACCGACUUGCCCAGCAGCUCGGCGAUAUGUAA